GAAGCGGAAGGUUUGUCCUACACGGCUUACUGUUGGAAGUUGCUGUCAUGUCGGCACCCUUGAUAUCUUUACGCAGGUGCUGUCAGCGGGCUGCUGGCCUCCUCGUUGCUAGGCGACAUUGGAGCUCCAGCUCAGCAUCUCCUCCUUCUCUCGUGUCCAGGUCUCUUGACUUCCUCGCCCAGCGCUUCUAUGAUGUAGAGGCGCUCCUAAACUGGAAGUCCCGGAUUGGGAAGGACCAGCUCCGAAAGAAGAAUCUUUACUAUGGUUACACCCACAAGCAUUAUGGCCCAGACAUAGCAUCUGCCUAUUAUAUUCUAAAUCUAGGAGGAGGAUUUAGGUUUGUGGGCCAGUCUGAGUGGUUCCGCGCCGACUCAAGGGGAAAAUUCAACUGGGAUUUCCUGAACUACAAGGACACACCUGUGGAAGAAGUAGACAUGAGUCACACCAUCAUCAACUACGUAGGACUGUCUAACCUGGAGAGGCAACAUCUGCGAACUCUAAAGCUCCAAGGCUGUCCUGAGGUGGAUGACUGGUUCCUGGCAGGACUCCACAAGUUCCAGGACUCUCUGGAGGAGCUGGACAUUUCUCACUGUCCAAGGAUAACUGUGGGCGGUCUGGCUGCUCUCAGGAAUCUCAGCCACCUAAAGCAUCUGAAUGUGUCCUCCCUCCCGAGGAUUUCAAAUCCAGGGUUGGUGAUCAUCCUGCUGGAGGAGAUGCUACCUCAAUGCCAGAUCAGAGCAGAUGGCUACGACCUCAGUCUGCCUCAGGCUGGAAGGGAGAAGUCAGAGGAGCGCCUGGAAGCAGAGAGGUAGUGGGUCGAUUACAACUAGAAUCACUGCAGAAAGACUUGGAGGCUUUUGGUGUUCUCUUUGUUUUUCAAAGUUGUCAUCAUAAGCUUAUAUGAUUGAAGAAUCAUGACAUAAGGCACAAUAAAUGCAGGACAAAUAAGAAAAGCAGAAACACACAACAGAUGUGGGUGAAGAAACAUGUCACACGCAAGUUGAAAUAUAUGUCUGGAUGCCCUGUGUAUAUCUCAGUUUGUGAGUAAGGCUGCACAUUGAUCCUGUAAAUGUUCAUAUUUAGAAAAUCUCUGUUCAUGUCCAACUUCAAUUUGCUGGGACUUUGUCACUGAAUGUAAAAAUGGGUGUACAUAAUAAAGAUUUUAUUCUUCAAAGUAAGGAUUAUUGUAAACCUCGUUGUGUGUAUUCUCUUAUAUUUGACUUGCAAAAAUAUUUUUUUUAUAUAAUAGCAGUGAAAAAAAAUAUAUAUAUACAUAUAUACUUAUAUUAUAUAUAAUAUGCGAUAUUAUAUAUAAUAUAAAAAAAUAAUAAAUUUUUUUAUAGUAGCAGUGGAGAAAAUACUCAGACGUUGUACUUAAGUACUGUAGUAAAGGUACGUGUCUGACAAAUCUAUUUGAAACCCAAAAUGCAGCUCAGUUUUUUGCAGUUGUCUAAAACUGAGCUUUGGAGAUUUUUUACUUUCUUUACCAUGCUGUUCACUUUAUCCAUGGUGGUGAGAUGAAUAAGGGUCCUCAACCGUCUAGUGGUCAAUAGCUGAAAUAAACUUGCUUCUAUCACUUGUGAUAUUUAUACUUUUAUUUGAUAGUGGUACCAACAACUAUGCCACAUGUGAUUUUGCAGUAAAAUAAAUAACCUUAAAUUAAUGUAUUUAUUUGCUUAUAUUCCCUUUUGGUGUUUAUUGCCUUUAUUUGGUUUUAGCUAUGAUUAAUUUUAAUAUUUAAUACUUUUAUUUUGAAGGGACGACGUCCGGUCUAACUGGACUGACCACAUGUUAUAACGUAGACGAUAAAAUGUAUCUUGUUAGAAGCGGGCCCCUUGAUAGAGGCGCAAGGUGUGUGUGUAGUAAGUGAGUAGAUGUCUUAAAUAUUGUGUAAAUAAAACCGUGCAUUUGCUUAUAUGCUAAAACUAAAGUUAUUUUUGGUUGUAGCAUUAUUUUAAGUUAUGAACGUUAAGUUGCAAGCGUAAACGGUUGUAAACGUAUGUAUUUUUGUUGCAUUUUGGCUUGCACUGUGUUUUUCAGUGCACGUCCCUUACGGUGAAACCAGGGGUUAGUGCUUAUCAAUAAAGUCUCAUCCUUCACGUGGGUGCGGGGAGGGCAUGAUGCAAGUAAUAUAUUAAUUCAUUCUUUCAUUAAUUUUUAAUAUAUUUUAAACAUUAUGCUAUGUAGUUAAUUGCCAAUACAGUGUCCGUGUGUGUAAGUGUAUGUAUAUGUAAUCUGCACUGUGGAAGCUUAUGUGAAUAAUAAAGCCCAUAAUCCAGUGU